CUCUGCUUCACCCUGGACACGGGGCACGGGACUCAGCGCCCGCCGGAGCAACCGCCUGCUGGGUGCAAAACCUUUUGCGCCCGGGCCUGUCCCUGGACUAUAAAGAGGACGGCCUCCCGCUAGGCGUCACCAAGACUUCCAGCCUUCUGACUGCUUGUCGUCUCCUUAUUGCUCUGUUGAUACAGCUUCACCAGAUCUCAGAAUGGACCCCAACUGCUCCUGCUCCACCGGCGGCUCCUGCACCUGCUCCAGCUCCUGUGUCUGCAAGAACUGCAAAUGCACCUCCUGCAAGAAGAGCUGCUGCUCCUGCUGCCCUGUGGGCUGCUCCAAGUGUGCCCAGGGCUGUGUGUGCAAGGGCCAGUCAGACAAGUGCACAUGCUGUGCCUGAUGUGAGGACACGGCUGCUCCCACGUGUAAAUAGUGUUGCUGGACCACCCCAGAGCUUUUCAUAUGGCUCCACCCUGUUUACUAAACCCCCUUUUCUAAGAGAUGUGUGAAUAAUAAAAGCCCACUUGUUCUAA